GACUAUUUUCUUUGUUUGUUUUUAGGGUCCACACUGCGAUUACGCGGACGCAAUGAAAAUGACCAUGAACCAAAAAAGAAAAUUGUCCUUGUUUACCAAACGCCUCAGAGGCGAAACGCUGAACUGAUUCUCAGAUUCUCGACAGCAUGUCCGUUCAAAACACGUUUCAGUCAAAUACUGUGCGCCUAUUGUCAUACAGAGUUCGGUGCUCUGGCCGACCUCCGAUACCACAUGAGGGGCGAACACACGAAUUCGGACUUCAAAAAUGUAUUUUAUAGAGUCAAAGAUAAUUUGCUCAAGAUCGACAUAACUGACCUUAAAUGCAAGAUCUGUUCGCAGAAUAUGCAAGACGUGGAUUCAUUGAUGGCCCAUUUAUUUAGGGAGCACGAGAAGCCGGUGAAGUUUAACGCGAGACACGGCGUGUUGCCUUAUAAGCAGGACGCUGACAAUAACUGGCUCUGCGUGUAUUGUCCUAGGGUAUUCACCGAGUUUAUUCUGUUCAAACGUCACAUAGGAACUCAUUUUAUGAGCGUCAGCUGCGAUAAAUGCGGUACAAUGUUUGUUUCUGAGCACGCGUUACGCGACCAUCAACGCCAAGUUAAAUGCUUCAGAACUACGUACAAGCCGCGCAAUGGAAAAGUUCUGAAGCCGCGAACGAAUGCCGAAAUUGUAUUACAAUGCUCGACGGCAUGUCCGUUUCGAACUUGGAAGACGAAUUUUAAUUGCGUUUUUUGUAGACUGCAAACGAGCGACCCUAAUUUCUUGAGGGUCCACAUGGCGACGCGCCACGCGAACUUUGACGUUCAAGCGGCUUUCUACAAGAAACUAGGUAAAGACUUUCUGAACAUCGACAUUACGGAUCUUCAAUGUAAACUUUGCUUUAUGCCCGUUGACAAUUUUGAUACUUUAACGUACCAUUUAAGAAAUGACCACGAGCAACCGAUCAAUUUAGAUGCUCAGAUAGGCGUACUCCCGUUUCGUCUGAACGACGGCUCGGUUUGGCGGUGCACGAUCUGUCCGAAUGAGUUCAAAGACUUCAUGUCGCUGAAGAAGCACACGGCCGAACAUUUCCAGAACUACGUCUGCGACACGUGCGGCGAAGGUUUCAUAACGGAAUCGGCAAUGGUGGCCCACUCGAAGAUACCUCACGAAAACAAAUACAACUGCAGUAGGUGCGUCGCAACGUUUUCGACGCUAGACGAACGAAAUGUUCACGUUAAGACGCAGCACACGUCGAUGCCGUACAUGUGCGUCUACUGCAAGGAGAAGCCGCGCUUCGCUAACUGGGAACUCCGUAAGCGGCACCUGAUGGAAGUUCACAAUUACAAAACUGGGGCCGAUAAGUACGAGUGCGCGACCUGUCAAAAGACUUUCAAAACGAGAUCGGGCAAAUACAAUCACAUGGCGAGAACGCACAGAAUGAAGAAGGACAGCGAAUUAAACUACCCGUGCCCGACAUGUCCCAAAGCGUUUACGACGAAACUGUUCUUGGACAAACACAUGGCCAAAAAGCACUUCGACGCGUGAAUUUAUUACUAAGGUACACACACGCUCGGGAUAACGUCCCCUCCCCCGAAAAACGAUCAGCCGAAUUUACUAGAAUGAAUUAAUGACGUAUUUCUUUUCUC